AUGCCCAGUUCUGGUUCUAGAGUUCUUGGCUACACCGCGGCGUCCAGCUUAGCUCUUGUUUGGCUGGUGGUUAUAACUGGUGAAAGCUCUGCCUUCGGUGUCGAUGAUGAAAGCGCCCGUGGGUGCCGCUAUCCUUUUGAGGACGCCGUCGCAGGUUUGCUUCCCCAGUCAGUGCUCCAGGUCUUUAUUAUUCGGAUAAUUGAUCUCCUGGCUCCAGCUCUGCAAAGGUUCUGCUGUGGUUCAUCUCAUUUGGCACCUCGGCUGCUCUACUUUGGCGUGCAGAGGAAUUCAGGGAAUGCUGCUGUCGCUGUCGCCGCGUCGGCUUACCAAGGUGUGUAUCUUUUCGUGCUUUUAGUUUCUCUGGUUGCGGUAUGCCUCCGCGCCGUGUUGUUCCUGCCCGGGCAGCUGUUCCUGCCAGACCGGUUGUUCCUUCAGCCCGUUCUCCUGUUGUGCACCGUGCUGUUCUCCUGCGCCGUGCUGCUCGUGCUGCAGCUCUUUUGCCUCCUGUGUCGGCCACGCCUGCCGUUCCCCUUGUUGUUUGAAAGAGGAAACAAGAAACAGUUAUUGGUGAAGGUUAUUAUUACAAGGCUGGGCUAUGACAAUUGCUGGUGGUUCCUGUCAUGCCAGGAAUGUCAUAAAACAACCUAUGUUUUUGGAAGGCAUUUCCGUUGCUCGGAUCCCACUUGCCCUUCCGUUAAUGCAGAUCCCUCAUACUGCGUGUGCACCUUUGGAAGUGAUGGUGGAGCUGAAGCAGAAUUCAUGUGGUUUGAUAAAGCUGCAAGGAGUGUUGUUGGCAAGCCAGUCCUGCCUCUAAUUGAACGCAAAUACCCAGGUUUUACAAGUGUGCAUGAUCUUGCCCAGAUAGGAGGUGGCGAUGUGGCAAUGCCUACUGAAAUUUCCCGCAUUGUUGCUCAGAAGAUCGAUCAAACCUUUAAGCCUGAACUUCCACCCUUGGGAUUUGGUGGUGCAUCAGGCGCAUCUGGAACGUCGUCUUCUGCUGAGAACUCUGGUGCAGCGUUGCCCAUUCUCGAGUCUUUCCCUACAGGAUCGGCUACACUUACUGCACUCCCUCUAGAUGAGAUGAACACUCCUAUCUCUGCGUUCAAAAGCAAAGGGCAGGCCACUAUGCCUAAAACGCCUAGCAAAUCACCGUGCCCAAAAAAUUCUCGGCGCAAGCUUUUCACUACACCUUUGAAGAUCACCGCCGCUGAAGUUAAAGGGGGCUGACCUACCUGCUUCUACUGCCUUUGUUAUUGCCAAAGCUGAAAAGAGUGCUUCUACUGGAGAUACAGUUGAAGUUGUACCCAUGCCAAAUGUUUGUGCCUCUUUCACAUGUAACUACCUUCCCCUUAUGCACAAACCAUGCUUGAUCCACACCAAUGUUUUGUAGCAGGAAACUAAAGAAGUUGGUCAAGAGACUGAAACCGCAGCUGCUGAAGAUGCACCGAAUGUUAUUCCUGAGCUGACUAAAAACAAGAGGGUAAAUGCAGUGGCCAAGGGCGCCAGCGUUCCAAAGAAAGCAAAGCAGUAGUUCUUCAAUAGGCUAGGCUCGCCGUGUACAUAUGG